AUGACGAGGCUGUACGAGAACCCCCCGGCGGAGAUCAUCCACUCCGGGCGCAAGCUCAAGCUGACAGAAACCGACGACGUGCUCUUCAGGUGCGACGGCUGCAAGGAGCCCGGCUACGGGCGCAGGUACACUUGCGACUGCGGAGGCAACAGCUUCGACCUCCACACAUGCUGCGCCGUUACGGAGGACACGCUGAAGCAUCCUCUGUUCGGCGACCUCACUUUCGAGUUCCUCAAGGAGCCACCGCCCGCCGCCGACCAAAAAACGAAAUGCGACGCCUGCGGCGAGGAAGCAAGCGGCUUCGUCUACCACUGCAAGAAGGAGGACCGCGACCUGCACCCCUGCUGCGCGAGCCUGAAGGAGUGUGUCAUCCAGGACACCCGCGUCUUCGAGCGCCGCCAGAAGGCAUCGCGGCCGUGCGGCAUGUGCAGCAAAAACAACGGCAAUUUCUGGGCGUACCGCACCUACCUAGACGGCAAGGCCGUGGACCUGCACUUGGCGUGCAUGAAGAAAAUGGCUCGCCUGAGCUGGGAGUCGGCCUCUCAGAACCGGGUCGGCGGCGCCCAGAUCGUUCGGCCGAGCGACGCCAGCAUCGAGAGCAUGCUCAGGAGCUUGCGCGGGAACACGCGGAGCAGUGACGGGUUCGACACGUUCACCAGGCAGAUCGCGGGCACCGUGGUGAGUGCCGCCAUCGCGGUGAUCUUUGGGCUUUAA